CAGCUCCUGCACCACGUCCUCGCUCGCUGGCACCAUGGCAGCCACACACUACACCUGGGCCUUGCUGCUGGUCCUGCCCGUGGUGGCCUGGGCUGGGGGCGCUGGCCCUGUCCUGAACCGGCCCUUCGUCACCAUCUGGAACGCGCCCACCAAGGCCUGUGCCGAGAAGUACAACGUCACCCUCGACCUGAGCGUCUUCGACAUCGUGGCCAACACCGACCAGGACUUCGACGGCGACGACGUCACCAUCUUCUACAGCAAGAGCCUGGGCCUCUAUCCCUACUACACGUCCGCGGGGACUCCCGUGGAUGGCGGGCUGCCUCAGAACGCCAGUCUCCAGACCCACCUCCACCAAGCCGCCAGUGACAUCGAGACCGCCCUGCCCAGUGCCUCCUACGAUGGCCUGGCUGUCAUCGACUGGGAAGCGUGGCGCCCACUGUGGGCCCGUGACUGGGAUGCCAUGAACAUCUACCGGGAGAAGUCAGAAGAGAUGGUCCGCAAGGAGCACCCGUUCUGGCCCUCUAGCCUGGUCAAGGAAGUGGCGAAGCUGGAGUUCGAGCAGAGUGCCCGUGCCUUCAUGGAGCAGACACUGAAGCUGGGCGAAAUCCUCCGGCCCGAUGGCUACUGGGGCUUCUACGGCUUCCCCGACUGCUAUAACAACGACUUCGACAGCUGGGACUACACGGGCAGGUGCCCCCUGAUCGAGCAGGCGAGGAACAGGGAGCUCUACUGGCUGUGGGAGAACAGCCGCGCGCUCUACCCCAGCAUCUACCUGCCCCAGCAGCUCAGCGGCACCAACAAGGUGCUCAGCUACGUCCGCAACCGCGUGGCCGAGGCCUUCUCUGUGCAGGACUUUGUCGUUGAGACCAGCAUCCCUGUCCUGCCCUAUGCCCAGAUCACCUUUGAGAACACCGACAUCUUCCUUUCUGAGGAGGACCUGGUGAACACCAUUGGCGAGAGCGCAGCCCAGGGCGCUGCCGGCGUCGUGCUGUGGGGCAGCCUCAACUACAGCAGCUCCGAGGAGAUGUGCCUGAAGCUGAAGAACUACCUGGAUGGGGACCUGGGCCACUACAUUCUCAAUGUGACAACCAGCGCCCAGCUGUGCAGCCAGAAGCUGUGCUCCGGGCAGGGCCGCUGCGUGCGCAAGAAGGACAAGGAUGGCUUCCUGCACCUCGACGCCUUUGACUUCACCAUCGAGAAGGACUCCAGCCAGACGCACUUGGAGGUGCACAGCACAACAUCUAACACUGCCAGCGACAGCAAGACGUCCAGCACCGACAGCAAGACAUCCAGCACCGACAGCAAGACAACCGGCACCAGCACCAACGGCAAGACGUCCAGCACCAGCAGCAAGACAUCCAGCACCGACAGCAAGACAUCCAGCACUGACAGCAAGACAUCCAGCACCGGCAACAAGCCCCGACAGCAAGACAACCGCCACCAGCACCAACGGCAAGACGUCCAGCACCAGCAGCAAGACAUCCAGCACCGACAGCAAGACAUCCAGCACUGA